AGAAGAAACUCGUAAUAUCACAAAAACUCCAACUAUUCAGGGGGAACGAGGAUGUACUGUCCCAACCUCACCACUUCUCCAACAAUCCCUUCCUAUUUACCAUUUUGCCACUCCACUCGCUCUAUUCCUUCUCAUUUCCGAUCAUCUGACAAAAACCCGAAUCUUGUUUCCAUCUUUCGAGCAAAACCCACAAUCUCUCAUUCCCUCACGUGCUUUGCAUCAUCUUCAAUGGAGACGACGCAGAGCAGCGAAACGAAACCUUUCUCUGUUCUUUUUGUCUGUCUCGGAAACAUCUGUCGGAGCCCAGCAGCUGAAGGUGUCUUUAGAGAUAUGGUGAAGAAGAGAGGUCUCGAUUCCAAAUUCAACAUUGAUUCCGCUGGAACCAUUGAUUAUCACGAGGGGAAUAUGGCGGAUCCGAGAAUGAGAACUGCUGCGAAACGUCGUGGGAUUGAGAUAACGUCAUUAUCAAGACCGAUUAAGGCAUCUGAUUUCAGGGAAUUUGAUCUCAUUCUUGCAAUGGAUGAGCAGAACAAAGAGGACAUAUUGCAGGCUUAUAAUGUAUGGAAAGCCAGAGGGAAUUUCCCGCCCGAUGCUGAUAAAAAGGUACCUGUAGUGUUUUUUGUUUUUUUGCUGGAAUUUGGAACACUUUCUAGGCGGUUGUCAGAACAUAUGUCAUUGAUUUUUCAGGUUAAGCUAAUGUGUUCGUAUUGCAAGAAACACAAUGACAAGUUUGUUCCUGAUCCAUACUACGGUGGAGCUCAAGGUUUUGAGAAGGUACUGGACUUGCUUGAAGAUGCUUGUGAGUCUUUGCUGGACAGUAUCAGCGUGUAAAGUUGAUGAUACUGCAAGCUUAGAGCCCCACUUAUGUAGUUAUGUUGUUACUAUUGUUGAGAUUGAUAGCUUUGCGCAUAAAACUAAGAGUUCUAUUAAUUCUAUUACUAUAGACAUCUUAAUGAUGUGAAGCUUGAAUCUUUGAUA